ACCAGCAAGUAUUACUUCCUAUUUAAAGAACACACAAGGAAUGUGGCGGAUACUACAAUGACUUCCAUGAGUAAAAUUCUAUCCUGCUGAUGGAUAUUGACGCAAAGCUUUCCACAAUUAAUCAUGCAAUACAGGAACUGAAACAGACACAAAGAAAAAUAUGGGAAAAAGUACACACGAACAGCGAAGAUACGUUUCAUAACCUUGUUAAAAAGCAGUUUGAGAAACUGGACGAGAUUAUACGGGAUUUAGAAGACAAAUAUGGAAAGCAUUACAGUACGUUAAAAGAAGUCACGAACAUGGUGGUUACAUUGCUGUCGAGAGUUGGUGAGCUUACGAUUGACAUUAAAAAACUUAAACGAUAUACAUGUAACACCAAGUCACAAGUAGAGGAGACAACUGAUCAGAGGUGCCAUUUACGAAAAACUGCUACAGUUACACCGAACGAACAAAGUGGGCAUCUGGAAAAUUCGCAAAAUACUAAUGAAGACAACGACCUUCUUGACGAUGGCAUUUCUGGGAAGCAUACUGAAUCUACAAAUGGUAAUUUUGAAUGUGGAAUUUUUAGUCAUAUUUCGUCUGUGGAAAAACAACCAGAUGGAAGAAAAAAUUAUUUGGACAACAAAGAUAACUUUGCACAAGCAGUUAACAGAAUAAAUAAUUCAGACAGAAAAGACAGAAAAAAACAUUUCUCAUCUAACGAAGCAGAAAUAGGUAGGACCAAUAAAACAGACACCAAAGACAGCUUUGCAGAAACAGUUAACAGAAUAAAUUAUUCAGAUAGAAAAGGCAGAAAAGACAAUGUCUCAUCUAACGAAGCACAAAUAGAUAAGACCAAUACUACAGACACCAAAGACAGCUUUUCUGUUGAGGAAACACAACAUAAGGAGAGAAUACACGAUUCAGAGAGCAAUGAUAACAACAUUAAUGUUUCCUUGGACACAGCUUGUGCAGAUUCGAAUAAAAAGAACAAUGAAUUAGUUCCAAUAGAAACAAAUAUGCAUCAAAAUCAGCAGUUAGCUGAAAAUCUGUCAAAAAUGAAGAAUUCCUUAGAUGUUGGAACAGCUACAAUAAAGACAGAGGAUAAAAUUUCACCUAGUCAUGUAAACAGAGUACGCAAACAUGAUUCCGGAUAUAAGCAAAAACGUUCAGCAAUGAGUUCUGAUAACCGUGUGGCUUAUCAUAGAUCCAAUAAUUUAGACACUAAUAAAGAAGACGACUUUUUCGUUGAGGAAACACAGCAUAAGGAGAAUAUUCACGAUACUGAGAGCAAUGAUAACAACAUAAAUGUUUCCUUGGGCACAGCUUAUGCAGAUUCGAAUAUACACAACGAUGAAUCAGUUCAAAUAGAUACAAACAUGCUUCCAAAUCAGCCACUACCUGAUAAUAUGUCAAGAUUGAAGAAUUCCGGAUAUGUUAGAACAGUAAAAACAAAGACAAAAGAUAAGGAUUCACCGAGUUCUGUAAAUAGAGUAUGCAAAAAUGAUUUCGGAUAUAAGCAAAAACGUUCAGCAAUGAGUUCUGAUAACCGCGUGGCAUAUCAUAACAAAGAAACAUGUUUUGAAUUUGGACAUAACGUGCAAUCAGAUAAACAGCUUCAAGAGGAUUCGCCUCCAUCACCUAAUAUAAAGAAUAAAAGUCACCCAACCAGAAGAAAGCCAGAUACGAAUAGACUGUCACAAAUGAGUCAACUGCACGAUUUUGCUGAUCAAGAAUUCGGAUAUAAUCCAGGUCUUUUCAACCAACCACGAUCUACUAGAGAAUGGAUGUCAUACGCUGAACAACUGAGGGAAAAUGCGUGGGUUCGGUUACAGUCUGGAAUGGUAGAGCGCGGACGACAUGGACAUGAUGUUACUUUGGUGUUAGAUUGCUCUGAACGGAUGAGAGGUCAAAAAUUUGAUAUUAUGAUCGAAACAGCAAAGAAUUAUGUGACGGGCAUUAAACAAGUUAAAAUGACACGAAUGUUAGGAGAUAAUAUUGGUCUGGCUGUGUUUGGAGGAACAUCUACUUUGAUAUUACAAUCUACAUGUGAUUACGAUUUAGUAUUGAAGGAGAUUGGUCAGUUGAGGCCAGAAGGAGAAGCACCAUUGGCUGGAGGAUUAUUGAUGGGACUUGCUGGGGCUCUAGGAGGUGGUACUUCACAGAUAUAUGAUAAUGAAGUACCUGGAUAUAUGGUAGUCUUUACUGAUGGGUUGUCUGCGAAUAUUCACACAGAACUAGACAAAGAUAUUAACCCUUCCUAUCUUACAGGCGAUUUUCAGAAGCAUGCUGAGAUCAGCAGUGUAAUAAACAAAAUAGCAGGUUAUGCAGUCAAGAUUUUUUAUGUACCUGUUGGUGACAACGAACGAAAUGAGGUAAUGGAAAGUGCAGUUAGUGAAACCAAUGGCAAAGUCAUAUAUCAUAAAGAAAUACAUCGCUUAGUAAGAUUGACACAAGUUCUGUUAUUAGCAGCACAAGUAGCAUCACAGUUGAGACACUUAGACCAAAAUCCUACUGCAGGACUAGUACGGAGUACAAUUAUUGAAAGGACAUCGAAUCCAGAAGACGCACACGAAGAUUGUGUUGAUUUUGUUAUGGAGUUUCUUACACCUCUUUACACUGAAAAAAGAAGAGGUUUUUUCACUGAAAUGAAAUUUCGAUCACUGCAACUUGGAGACAGAGUACGACGUGGUCCUAAUUGGUUGUAUAACGAACAAGAUUCUGGUCUCGCGGGAACUGUUGUUGGACAUACAUUUGACAGAAAUGUUUGGGUAGAAUGGGACAGUGGUCAUGUAAAUAAGUAUUUUUAUGAUGAACAAGACAACAUUUAUACCAUUCGAAAAGUGCAAGAACCAAGAUUUUUAUUCGAAGAAAUGAUUGCUGUUGGUUGUAGAGUUAAACGAGGCAAUGAUUGGACUUCUGACAAUUCUGAUGGUGGGUAUGGAAGCAUGGGGACAGUUCUUAGUGUGCGACAGGAUGGAUCUGUAGUUGUCCGCUGGGAUUGUAUUAAUAUUGGAGUAUAUAAAAUGGGACAGAACGGAUUGUUUGAACUUCAGAUAUGUGACGACCCCUUUCCAAGUAAAUCGGAUCAAAUACCCGAUUUACCUGUCUAUAACUAUCAAGAUAGCACUGAAAGGAAUACAAAUUAUCAACAAUGUAUUGAUUACCAGUCAACGGGUACAGUAAAGAGUGACGACAAGGAUAUAACAGUGAAGGAAUAUUUUGAUAACUAUGUACUGCCUGUUCACUCUAAAACUGUUAGUGCUAUCUGGGAAUAUGAAAACGAAAAAGAAAAUGUAUGGACAAAGUACGAAGAUGAAAUUAACACAAGAAUCGAGAAAGCUUACGAACGUAAACCAACUGGAAAGACUAUUGUGCAAUACAAUAAAGGAACAUAUAUUGUUUUCUUUACAAAAAUGAUUCAACUAAACACUUCUUCUGGCCAGGAAGUAAGGGUGCGAAGAAAAAAAUUGAGUGCCAUUUAAAAUGUCAACCUGCAACAAUUCGGAACCACUAUAUUUUGAAGUUGGACAAGGUUUACUUUAUUUUUUGACGGUCUAUAGACAUAGUUGUGUAAAACAUAGUGCAAUAUUAAUUAUCGAUAAAGCUUAGAAAAUAAAUUGAAUUAACAGAAA